AUGGUUGAGGUGUACAAAAACUACUGCAAUGGUACCUUCCGUGCUGGUCCUCUACACCAAGUUAGUAUUGUUGGAACAGUACAUGAAGAAGUUGGUGGAUACUUUCCUCAUUUUCUGAACAUGAUGGAAGAAAAUCCAUUCCUAAGAAGGGCAAUGCCAUGGGGCCCCAUGUCUAUCGUGAAAAUGACAUCCCCACAGCAGAGUAAUGAUGGCCCUAUAUUAUGGAUACGGCCUGGAGAGCAGCUAAUUCCAACAGCAGAGCUUGGCAAAUCACCAGCUAAGCGGAAGAGGGUGGGUAUCAAUGAACUACAGCGCCUUCAGUACCUUCCUCGUGCUACCAAUGCAAGAGAAAUGAUGUUUGAAGACAGAACAAAGGCUCAUGCAGACCAUGUGGGAGCAGGCCUUGACAGAAAAACCACAGGAGCAGUUGGGGUGUUGAAGGCUGUACACUGUGGAACUGAAUACACUCACAAUCGCAUCGUGAAAGAUGUAGUGGCCUUUGAUGCCCACGAUUUCAAUGACAUCGUGGAAAAGUUGCAGCUUGAUCUUCAUGAACCCCCAAUCUCCCAGCCAUACAGCCUUGAUCAUAGUCAAAUUAAGAAAGAGAAUGGAACUCUUGAUAAGGCAGUUGGAUCUGCAAAAGUGAAGACCCCAACUGUUCCUGGGGCAGCUGGAAAUCGGCCGAAGAUGCCAAACAAGCCUACCACAGGCUCCCAAGCAUGUGAUCUUCUUGGAUCGAUCAUGGCUGGGAUGUCACAGUCAGGGAUGCACAAAUAA